AGUUUAAAAUACCUACUCAAUCUGACUUAUAAGUAUUUUGUGAUUUUGUGGUCUAACGCGGUGCGGUUGAGAUAUUUAUCGUGAUAAGGUGGAUUGCAGUAUUAUAGGCCGUAAAAGCCGCAGCGAACGGAAUGUCCAAGGGAUUACACUUCAUACUACAGUCACCAAAACAGCACACAUGCAUGAGUAUCUUGAAAUGCCGACUGUCAAGGAAGAAAUAACAAAGCAGACUACAAGAACACACAAAUAGUCUUGCCAAAUUGCUUAUCACGCCUGGUAAGACCAAAAGGCUAAAGCCACUGUGGAUGAAAUAUGUGGUGGACAGUAAUACCUGAAAAAAGGACCAUAACACGAAGAGUCACUUAAUGGAGUGACCCCUAAUUAGAAACAUGAUCUGCUAUGAAAAAUUCAGUUUAUAGUCAAGCUACUGAUCACUGAUAGAUGUAACUGAACACAAAAAAAAAAAAAAAAAUUGUACAGUGAUUAAUUAAUUAGUACCUACUAAUUACAUUGAAUAUUUUAAAGAAUAAACCAUGCAAAACAAUAAUUCUAAUGAUUCUAGAGUUACAUCUCAAUCUCAUGAUUCUAGAGUUGUCAAACUACCACUACGUCACUAAAACAAAUUUGUGCGGAUUAACUUGACACUAGGCUCGAAUGCCGUUUGUUUAUGGUAUAGUCGGAUGCAAUCUAUAAGACGUCUCCAAAAUAAAGUGCGGUGACACGUAGGUCAUACAAAAUUCAAGACCUGUGAGGCGAUUUCGGAUUGUCUGGUUGCUACCGUCGCGCCCUUGCAUAACCGAUUUUAGAGAUGGCAACCCUAAUUACAAGCAGUGAUGUAGGGAGAGUAGAAACAAGACUAUCUGUACCAACAGCACAAUUCUGCAUGGUAUGCUUGGCCACAGAUUGUAAAUUGUACCCUCUGAGCAAAUACGGUCUGGCAGAGGCGUACCACAACUUGACUGAUAAAUCUCAAUUUUGCAACAUGAAUUUUGUGGCAAAAUGUUGUACAGAAUGUGCACAGAGGUUAAUAAACUGUGACAGAUUCAGAGACAAGAGUUUAAGGAGUUAUAAUCUACUGUUGGAUCUAUUUGAAAAGAAAGCAGUGAUAACAACAGAAGACAUAAAAGCAAUUGACAGAACAAAACAUGAACUGUCAUCAAAUAUAGACAAGAAAAUAUACAAACCAGACCACUGUGACUCAUAUUUAAUACAUAAUCAAGUUGAACAUAUAAAAAUUGAAUUAGAACUUGAUAGUAAAUCAAAAAUAGAAAUAUUGAAUGAUAUCAACAGUGAUGAAGAGUACCUAGUAGAUGAUAUUGACAAUGACACAGAGUUUCUAUAUGAUAACAUCAAAAUAAAGCAUUCAGAGAUUCAUACAGACAACAUUGAUAGAUUUUUAAUCUUUAAAAAUGAAAAACCAGAUAAUAUCACAGACAGUGAUAAUGAUGUAGAAAUUGUCAAUGAUUUUGAGAGUAAAUUUAAUAACACGAACAGCAGUGUCGAUGAAUUAGUAAUUAACGAUUCUAACGAAAUACAAGCAGUUAAAAACGAAAUAACUACUACUGAUACGAAAGAACGCAAAGUAGUUGUGAAAAAAGUAAAAGCUGCCCCAAAACCAAAAAAACCGAGAGCAAAAAUUAAAAAAACAGUCGGAAGACAAAGGAAACCUGAGAAUCAGUGUUAUUUAAAAUAUUUUGAAGUGACCAAGUUGAGUCAUGAAGAACAAGUGGCUAUGAUCCAAAGACGUAAGGAGGCAGAUAACUUCAAAAGCUCAGUCUACAAAUGUAUGACGUGCUACAAAGUGUUUACAUGUGUCUCUUCGUAUGACAGACAUAUGGAGAAGCACACUGAUGAGUAUGGCCCGAUCAUAUGCGGCGUGUGUGGAAUACACUGUAGAGCGAGGUUUCGUCUGACGAAACACAUUGAAGCCACCCACAGCACCAGGUUCAGUUGCAACGUCUGCGACUUCGUCACUACCGCUGCAAGCACAGCAAAGAGCCACGCGCGCUGGCACGACGGCGUCACGUACAAGUGUGAACAGUGCGAUCAGGAGUACAGUAAGAAAACGUCGUACCUGUCCCACUUGCGUAUAGCGCACGUAUCGGAUACGGUGUGCAUCCUCUGCGGAUACACAUUCAUCAACAAGAACGGUCUGAGGAUGCACUUGGAGAGGAAGCAUCGCUCCGAGGAUGUGCAGAACCCCUUAGGCCCACUGUGCGAACUGUGCAACUUACGUUUCGCAUCCCACGGCGCGUAUCGUCAACAUCUGAAAGUGUCUCACAAUGUACACGGACUCCCGCUGUCGCGAAAUGCGAGUUCUGGAAUGAAAAAGUGUGCCGCCAGGCAGGACAUCCAGACAGUGCAGUGCGAACUGUGUGGCACCAAGCUGAAAGGAUUCAAGCUAUAUGCCUACCACUUCAGCCGGGUCCACCCAGACCAGCAGCCGAGCCAGGAGCCGCCCAACAAGCUACAACAAGCCAUUACAGCGAAGCUAUUCCUGUGCCACCAGUGCGGGAAGUCCUUUCCUAACACGAAUCAGUUGAAUCAUCACAUAUGGCGUCACAACGGAGUGAAGCGCUACCAAUGUGACACGUGUGACAAGCGAUUCGUUGGCAAGAUCAACCUGGUGCAGCACAUGCAGCUGCACAGUGAGGCUCGACACCGGUGCACCGUCUGCGAGAGGACAUUCACACACCCAUCCAACGCUAGACGACAUUUGUUGGUAAGCUCAUAUACAGGGUGCUCGGGAGUAUGAGUGUUAGCGAUUCGUUGGCAAGAUCAACCUGGUGCAGCACAUGCAGCUGCACAGUGAGGCUCGACACCGGUGCACCGUCUGCGAGAGGACAUUCACACACCCAUCCAACGCUAGACGACAUUUGUUGGUAAGCUCAUAUACAGGGUGCUCGGGAGUACGAGUGUUAGCGAUUCGUUGGCAAGAUCAACCUGGUGCAGCACAUGCAGCUGCACAGUGAGGCUCGACACCGGUGCACCGUCUGCGAGAGGACAUUCACACACCCAUCCAACGCUAGACGACAUUUGUUGGUAAGCUCAUAUACAGGGUGCUCGGGAGUACGAGUGUUAGCGAUUCGUUGGCAAGAUCAACCUGGUGCAGCACAUGCAGCUGCACAGUGAGGCUCGACACCGGUGCACCGUCUGCGAGAGGACAUUCACACACCCAUCCAACGCUAGACGACAUUUGUUGGUAAGUUCAUAUACAGGGUGCUCGGGAGUACGAGUGUUAGCGAUUCGUUGGCAAGAUCAACCUGGUGCAGCACAUGCAGCUGCACAGUGAGGCUCGACACUGGUGCACCGUCUGCGAGAGGACAUUCACACACCCGUCCAACGCUAGACGACAUUUGUUGGUAAGUUCAUAUACAGGGUGCUCGGGAGUACGAGUGUUAGCGAUUCGUUGGCAAGAUCAACCUGGUGCAGCACAUGCAGCUGCACAGUGAGGCUCGACACCGGUGCACCGUCUGCGAGAGGACAUUCACACACCCAUCCAACGCUAGACGACAUUUGUUGGUAAGUUCAUAUACAGGGUGCUCGGGAGUACGAGUGUUAGCGAUUCGUUGGCAAGAUCAACCUGGUGCAGCACAUGCAGCUGCACAGUGAGGCUCGACACCGGUGCACCGUCUGCGAGAGGACAUUCACACACCCAUCCAACGCUAGACGACAUUUGUUGACCCACUCGGCAGAUACGAGACCGUACCAUAAAUGCAAUGUUUGUGAUAAAAGCUUCACGACUGUUAGAGGGAGGAACCAGCAUGUUCUGCAUGUUCAUAGCAACGUACCGCGACCGAAGAGAGUCCGCGCCCCGAGACCUUCAUAGUAUCAUGACAUAUGUCAGACACGACAUAGACACUAGCGAAGAGUCGUAGGAUUCAAGCUCUAGGCACAAUUCCCUUAAUGAUUCCCAGACACAUGUCAAACACGGCAUGGACACAAGUGACUCACAAGAGUCACAAGAUCUCUUAAUGUAUUAGUAAUAUUGAGAGACUAAAUUAUCACUAUAUUUAAAUAAAUUAGUCCUCAUAAUAAUUGCCUACGGACUACGGUUCAGACAGUUAAACAUAGGAGGAAAAACAAACAUCCGACGCGGCCGAAGAGAGUCUGCGCCCCGAGACCUUCUUAGUACCAUGACAUAUGUCAGACACGACAUGGACACUAGCGAAGAGUCGUAGGAUUCAAGCUUGGCACAUGUCCCUUAAUGAUUCCCAGACACAUGACAAACACGGCAUGGACACAAGUGACUCAUAAGAGUCGCAAGAUCUCUUACUGAAUUAGUAAUAUACACUAAAGAAUCAAUUUUUUAUUUUUUUUAUUUAAUUAACAAGUCCAUAAAUUAGUUCUCAUAAUAAUUGCCUACGGACUACGGUUCAGACAGUUAAACAUAGGAGGAAAAACAAGCAUCCGACGCGACCGAAGAGAGUCUGCGCCGCGAGACCUUCUUAGGACCAUGACAUAUGUCAGACACGACAUGGACACUAGCGAAGAGUCGUAGGAUUCAAGCUUGGCACAUGUCCCUUAAUGAUUCCCAGACACAUGACAAACACGGCAUGGACACAAGUGACUCAUAAGAGUCGCAAGAUCUCUUACUGAAUUAGUAAUAUACACUAAAGAAUCAAUUUUUUAUUUUUUUUAUUUAAUUAACAAGUCCAUAAAUUAGUUCUCAUAAUAAUUGCCUACGGACUACGGUGCAGACAGUUAAACAUAGGAGGAAAAACAAGCAUCCGACGCGACCGAAGAGAGUCUGCGCCGCGAGACCUUCUUAGGACCAUGACAUAUGUCAGACACGACAUGGACACUAGCGAAGAGUCGUAGGAUUCAAGCUUAGCACAUGUCCCUUAAUGAUUCCCAGACACAUGACAAACACGGCAUGGACACAAUAAUUGACUCGCAAGAGUCGCAAGAUCUCUUACUGAAUUAGUAAUAUUGAGGCACUAAAAGACUUUUAUUUUUUUAAUUUAAUUAACAAGUCCAUAAAUUAGUCUUCAUAAUAAUUGUCUACGGACUAUGGUUCAGACAGGUAAACAUAGGAGGGAAAACGAUUGAAGAGGGUCCGCGCUCCGAGACCUGCUCCUUAGGACCAUGACAUAUGUCAGACAUGGCAUGUAUCUUAAUAUGUAUUAAGAUUAAAAAAUAAUUUUGGUCAUAUUUAAAAAAAUACGAAGCUGAAAGCCUAGACAUACAUUAGACACAAUUUUAACACGAGUGGCUCACAAGAGUCACAAACACAGAAGGAUAUAUAUUUUUUUAAUUUACUUAGUUAAGGACACAGAUUAAAGAAUAAUAGGCAUAGAGCCCAUGGAACACAGCCGUUCCAAAUACUAAAUCCAAAAACGAAUACCUUAUCGAGUCAGUACGAUACGAACCGUCGCAUCAGUAACUUUUAAUAUUAUUCAAGAAAAAUGGCGUCUUAUGUUUUUAAAUAUUUUAACAACUGUUAACAAAAACUAAAGAAAUAAGUUGGAGUAUUUUUUUAUCCGUUGAUUAUUAUAUUAAUUUUGUUAAAUUUUGAAAUACAAAUUAUGAAAAAAACUUUGUAUAUGCGAAUGUCAAGGAGACGCGUGACGUUUGUUUUUUUGUAUAAAGAUUUCACCGGCUUGUUGUAAAGACUCAUUCUGGAUCAUUCUGUAUUCUGUGAUUAAGGAAAAAAGAUCCCAAAAAUAUAUUUGAAUGUUUUAUGAAAUA